GCACUUCCUGUUUGUUGUUGGAGAAAAGAAGAGAAAGGAAAGCGCGAGGAGACGCCGCCGCCGCCACCGCCACCAGCGCAGCUGUGCCACAGCCGCGAGGAGACCGGCCGCCUGACUUCCCUCCUCGCUGGCCGCCGUGUCCUCGGAUUUAUUCCAACAGUCAGUUAAAAAAUGGUGGAUUACUAUGAAGUGCUGGGCGUGCAGAGACAUGCCUCACCUGAGGACAUUAAAAAGGCGUAUCGAAAACAGGCACUUAAAUGGCACCCGGACAAAAAUCCUGAAAAUAAAGAAGAAGCAGAGCGGAAGUUCAAACAAGUAGCUGAGGCAUAUGAAGUGUUAUCGGAUGCUAAAAAGCGGGACAUCUACGACAAAUAUGGCAAAGAAGGAUUAAAUGGUGGUGGAGGAGGAGGUGGAAGUCAUUUUGACAGUCCAUUUGAGUUUGGCUUCACAUUCCGGAACCCAGAUGAUGUCUUCAGGGAAUUUUUUGGUGGAAGGGACCCAUUUUCAUUUGACUUCUUUGACCCAUUUGAUGACUUCUUUGGAAACCGAAGGGGUCCCCGAGGAAGUAGAAGCCGAGGUGCCGGCUCAUUUUUCUCUACCUUCAGUGGAUUUCCUUCUUUUGGAAGUGGAUUUUCUGCUUUUGAUACAGGCUUUACUCCAUUCGGGUCACUAGGUCAUGGGGGUCUCACUUCAUUUUCUUCAACGUCAUUUGGCGGCAGUGGAAUGGGCAACUUCAAAUCAAUAUCAACUUCAACUAAGAUAGUUAAUGGCAAAAAAAUCACUACAAAGAGAAUUGUGGAGAAUGGUCAAGAAAGAGUAGAAGUUGAAGAAGAUGGGCAGUUAAAGUCCUUGACGAUAAAUGGUGUGGCCGACGAGAACGCCCUUGCAGAAGAAUGCCAGCGGAGAGGCCAACCCACACCAGCUCUGGCCCCUGGCCCGGCCCCAGCACCAGUCCGGGUCCCCUCCCAGGCCCGGCCCCCGGCCCCAACUCCAGCCCCAGCUCCAGCUCCAGCCCCAGCCCCAGCUCCAGCCCAGACUCCAGCCCCUUCUGUCAGCACCCGCCCACAGAAGCCACCCAGGCCUGCCCCAACGGCCAAACUUGGGUCUAAAAGCAACUGGGAAGAUGACGAGCAGGACAGGCAGCGGGUUCCUGGCAACUGGGAUGCCCCUAUGACCUCAGCAGGUGUGCAGAAGGGAGAUGGUGUGGAACAUCCCCAAAGUGUUUUGCCCCCAGGUCCAGGACAGCAAGCACAGGAGUCAGGCCUGUGUUGCUGCAUUCUGACCUGAGGGGGCAUGGGGAGCUGAGGGUAGGUGCCAGGCCUGCCAAGAAGGGACAGAGAGGAUGCCUGUGUCCCGCUCACCUCCCACAGCUGCUCUAUGUACGGCCUAGCUGCGUGGCUCAAAGCCAACCCCAUGAUUAAAACAGGGGUCCCAGUAUUCUGAUGUGUAUGGAGUAUAUUGUCUGGGUUAGAUUGACUGCUAGGGAAUUGCUAGGUACUGCUUCUGUCCUUAAUAGUUCUGGUCUAUAACUUUUUGGGAUCUGUCACUUAACCUGACUUACCACUUGCACACUUAUUAACUUCACUCUCCAGACGGAAAGCUCCAGCCAUGCACCCAGUAGAGUUAUCUCAGUUGAGCCACAGGUGGAGGUGGAGGUGGAGGCCUGGCUCCUCCCUCUGUGCUCAUGGUGGGAUUGUUCACCAUCUGGCUCUAGCCUCAGCAGGUAGCUUGUAUAUUUCCAGGAGUAUUCCUCAUAGAACAUUCUAUGAGGUGGUCAGCGUGUUCACAUUGAACUUUCUAGUGAGGCCCCAGCCCUGUAUGAAGGUUGUUUUAUUGUCCAGAAGCUAGAGUUUGUGCCUGUGGCUAUACAACUCCCUAGGCCAAACUACAGUGAUAUGUUUUGGUGGUUUAUGUCACAUUGUGUUGCAAAGUGCUCCAAGCAGGAAACAGGGCAAAGGUCUAUUCCUUUGUUUUUCAGAAGUUUGCAUUAAAGUCAAGACCUCAAGCCCCUCUGGUUCUCCUCAGAGAAGGAUGAAGCAGGUGUCCUUUAGGGUUCUAUAAGCAGAAGCAAACAUAGUACUUGUGGCAUUACUAGAAUUUUGGGUAGCCAGCUUAGUUACCUUGCUGUGGAGAGAUGCCAGCAAAACCAGAUGGGUGACUGAGCUCUGUGCAGCUGAGUGGCAGAUGCUUCCCUGCCUGCACUGGGGAGCUCCUUGUGCCUCAGUGGCUGUGGACACCUCCCAUGAGCACUGUCUCGGUGCUGAGUGAAACAGAAUAGAGCAGCCUUGUAGAGUUUGGUGACCUCCCCCAACUCUUGUUCCCCCAACUCUUGUUGUAAAGGUGCUGGAGCCUGGCCUAGGAGGUGCUAUGUCAUUAAUCUUCUGGUAACUAGAGGUAUAUAGGGACAGGCCUGACUGCAGAGCUUGUUUAUAGGUGCGUAGGGCCCCCACAGCAGGAUCUGGACAGGAAGUGUGACUGCAGCACAUGGCCCUUCUCUAGGCCCUGGCCGUCUCUCUUAAGCCAAAGGUGCUCAGCCAAGGCCAAUCUGGAGACAGAAUUUAUUAGUAAGAACAGCAAAGUGCUUUCACUUUGUUGUUCUGCCAGUGCAGAUCUAGACUCUACGUGUGCAUGCGUGUGUACAAGUGUGUAGUGGUGAGCUUGUGGAUCCUGGUAGAAAUCUCUCAUGAGAGGCUGGAAAAGCUGUGCGCGAGGUGGUCUCCCUAUGUCCUGAGCCUGGAGUCAGCAGCACUGCCAGCGUGGCUCUGGCUGUGACUGGCAGCUUCUCUAAGCUUUGUCCCUUUACUCCCUUUUUGUUUACAACAAAACAACUCCCCGCGCUUUAAGUUCCAGAGCCAUGCUUUCCUAUAGGAAGGAAAAUGUAACGCUUCACUUACCUUCUCUCUCAGAGAUGGUGGCCCGUUUUGAAGUGGGGUUCUCCAAACUGCCACCUGAGCUACACAGGGUUUGGCUUAAUUAAGUGAAAACAGAGGCCCGUUGGGAGGGAAAUUAGAAACAGCUACCACACAAAAGUGGUUUCAGUUUCCACAACAAAACCGUGACCGGGGCAGCGUACCUUGCUCUGUACUGUAAGCUACUGUCCUCCUCUGGCUAACACAGAAGCCUUUGCAAAGUCUGGUCGUCUGCUGUUGGGAUCAGGGGGACCAAGUCCAGACCUUAAAAUUCUGAGAGCCACCGUUGAAGACCUAAGAUGUCCUGGGCCAGGCUUCCCACACUUCACCCAGUGCAGCCUUCAGGGGCUUUGCUAUUAUUAUUGGUUUUGGUUGGAUUGACGAGUCUUGGGCCAGUUUUCCUAAAAAUUCAUACAAGGAGAAAUUUGGUGCAAGCCAUCCCAGUUGCAGGUCCCAGUGUCUGUCAGAUGUGGAGCUGCUGGGUACAGUCUAGGUGCAGCCUGGCUCCUUGGCAUCAGCAAGUGGAGUUUCCUAGAUGAAAAACAUUCUCAUUGAGGUCCCUUCCUAGAAAAGGAUUUACUGUGCAAUUUAAGCCACCAGGGGUUGUCAGGAGUUGGACUGUGGUCAGCCAGCAUAGCCAUGGUCCAUACUGUGUUGGUGAUGAGGGGAGAACUAAAUAUAGUUGGAUUUGCUGGCUCUGUGCGUGUGUGCGUAUGUGCGUGCACGUGUGCUGUGGACUGCCUACAUGCUUGGUAAGCUCUGUAUUGCUGAGCCAUGAGUUCA